ACGUUAAUGUAUGUCACGCAAAAUCGUUCAAAUUUAUCAAACAUUCAAAAUAAUAUAUUCCUGCAGAUAUAGAUUAACAGUUCGUAUAGAAUUUUAUACAGUAUACUAUUGUGUUGUAGUUGGUUCGCUUCUAUGUAGUGAUAUGAAUCGGCAAAUAGACGAACAAACACCACAAAACGUAAGCACUCAACCAACCACGGUAGCAAAACAUCACAGUAAUAAUGUAGUGAACAACACCACUCCGAAACCCUCAAGCAACGAAAAACCAACGGAUAUCCAAGUACAUCCACAACCCGCUCAGCCCGCCGAUAGAAACUUAGUGCACGUUACUAAAGCACAGAUGAAAGAAUUUCAAGAAGCGUUUAGAUUAUUUGAUAAAGACGGUGACGGCAGUAUCACUAAAGAGGAAUUGGGUCGAGUUAUGAGGAGUCUUGGGCAGUUCGCUAGAGAAGAAGAAUUGGAGACCAUGUUACAAGAAGUCGACAUUGAUGGCGAUGGAGCGUUCAGUUUUCAAGAGUUUGUAGAAAUCGUGUACAAUAUGGGUGGUACAGCAGAAAAGACAGCGGACCAAGAAGAAAAAGAACUCCGAGACGCAUUUAGGGUAUUUGACAAACACAACAGAGGAUAUAUAAGUGCGUCAGACUUGAGAGCUGUCCUUCAAUGUUUGGGUGAAGAUUUGUCAGAAGAAGAAAUCGAGGAUAUGAUCAAGGAAGUAGACGUAGACGGAGAUGGAAGAAUUGAUUUUUACGAAUUUGUAAAUGCCCUUGGAGAACCAGGUGAUGAUUAUGAUGAAAACGAUGAAGACGAAGAAGAUAUUUAUCCUCAAAUGGAUAUUCAAACUUAACUUUUAAACAAUAUGUUUUAGUAUAAUAAAUCCAGUUAAAAAUUGA